CAUACACCAUAAUGCGUUGUUCAACAAAAAUCACCAUAAUUGUCACAUUAGUCUAAUUUAUCUCCAUGGACAAACACAUUAUGACAUAUGUUAUACUAUACUACAUACAUUGAUUUCAUGUUGAAUCUAUACUUUUUAUUUAGAUGAUUAAUUAAGAAUCGAUAUUUAAAAAUAGUUAAUAACUUGUGGCUUGCAUCCGUUUGCUAUAAAUUGAUGAUUACAUUUUAGAUUACCAAAGCUCGAGAAGAUAAUCAAUGUUUCUGUUCUCUACAGAUUUUUCGGACGCAUGAUUGUCUGAACGUGACAUAGAUUUGAUUAACAGAUACAUUACGUAUUAGAAGACUCUUUGAAGCUAAAGAAACUCUCAUCUAUUUACAAAAAAAAUGCUGUGUCACGAUUGGAGUUUAACUGGUCUCGUAGGCGCAUUUCUGAAUCUCUCCAUUGCUUAUUUGCUUCUCUGCACAUCUCUUUUUAUACAUGUCGUGUUGAGAUCUCUAGGGCUUUUAGGUUUCUCUCUUCCAAGAUUCCACAACGGACGUUUCGGUGAUCCAAACAUGUGCAUUGAAGGGGAUCUGCUGGCUUGUGCAUCAGAGAAAAUCUCAUCCGUAGAUAGAUUGAUCAAAAGCAAGAUCCCUUUUGGUUCCAUUACUAGUGAUGAUGAUUCGAAACGUUUUGUUGAAAUGAAGCUGGUGAGAAAGAACAGUGGUGAUGUAAGUAAUGCUAGGGUUAAGGAUGAAACAGAGGAAGAUGCAUCAAGAGAUGAACAGAACGUGAUGAAUCUCCUGACCGUCCAGGGAGUGAAAGGUAAGCGUUUUGUUACACGAAGACCAAGAAAAGGUCUUAAGAACCCUAGGAGAUGCCGUGUGGAUUACGGAAGUCUUGGAUCCGUUUCUUCAUCAGAGGCUUUUGAUGAGACCGUUAAACAUCCUUUGAUGCAACCUUAUGAUAAUGUCUUUAUCAGAGCCAACGACGACCGCAAAGAUGAUGUAAAGACAGAAGAGAGGACUAGCCCGUCUCAUUGGCCGGAACUUGAAAAAACUGUAUCACUUAAUUCAUCAGCAAGUCUAUGUUUUGUUAGAAAUGUAGAGGAAAACUCUGUGAAGGAGUUAGAGGAAGCAUUGAAAAAAGAGCGAGCUGCUCGAGCAGCGGUUUGUGUUGAGCUAGACAAAGAGAGAAGCGCCGCAGCAUCAGCAGCUGAUGAAGCCAUGGCGAUGAUACAUAGGCUGCAAGAUGAGAAGGCAGCGAUAGAAAUGGAAGCCAUGCAAUUCCAAAGAAUGGUCGAGGAGAAAUCUACGUUCGAUGCCGAAGAGAUGGUCAUACUCAAAGACAUUUUGAUACGUCGCGAGAGGGAAAAACAUUUCUUGGAGAAAGAAGUCGAAGCUUAUAGAGAUCUACUCGUUGAGGCAGAGGAAUCUGAAUGUUCUUUACCAAAAGAGAACCAAAACAAAGAACCACCUCAAGAGAGAAGAGCUUUGCUUGUUCAAGAACAUGAUGGAACGGUUCUUGACAUGCCUUAUAGGGAAGAUAAGAACAGAUAUUUGUAUACGUCGGAUUCAGAAGUUGCGUACUCACGUGUGCGUGAUGUUUACAUGGUGAAGGAAGAAAAAGAGAACGUGGGGAAAAAGAAGAAUUUAGAAGAAUCUUCGGCUAACAAUGGUUUCAUUGUCUCGGGGAUUGCUCGAAAGCUUCCUCCACUGUGUCGUCCACGCAAACAGUCGCUAAGCUCUUCUGGUUCAAGGAGGAAGUCAAUGUCUGCGGUUGAUUAUGAGAGGUUAAAGAUUGAGAAUGAAGUGGAACUGUUGAGAGAAAGAUUAAAAGCUGUUCAGGAGGAAAGAAAGGAGCUUACAAGACGAGCAUCUUUGCCUCCUUUAUCAUCAAAGGUUAGGGUUGCGUCAAAGAAUCGAGGUUGGAGAAGAUCUUCCGUGGACCUUCACUCUUCUUGAAGCUUUUUAGAGAUAUAUUGUGUGUAUAGUUCUGAUGAUCAUGUGUUUGUAUAUCACUAUGGUUAUACUGUAAUAUCAUAGUUUUUGUUGCUUUAUGCUAUUACCAUCUUUUCAACUUUUUCAUGUAAGACAAAUCUUUUGAAUAUGUAU